AUGUUAUACAGCCACAAGAGAUAUUUAUUGACUUCACCAGAUUCAGUAAGUACAAUAAGUUAUUGAGAACCAUAGCAUGGAUAAAGAUACAGUAUAUUAUAGUGUGGUUUUUUGUUUCUAAACAGAUAUCUUCCAAUGCCGAAAAGAUUUUCAAUGAUGGCGAAAUGUUUUAUCCUGAAACCGAGGAACAGCAAGGUAAAGCCAUUACUACUUGCAUUAUUACAUGACGGUGAUAUGUUGGCGAAUUCUCGUACUCAGUGUCGCUGGGGGGGGGGGGGCAGGGUGGUGUUUUGCCCCUAGCCCAGUGCAACCUCUUUAGCUAAAACAUUCACCGAUGACAUGCGAUUAAAGUGUUUGCUUUUGUUUCCUUAGGCAGCCAUGAUGAAAAUCAGAAAAUCUUCCCUUGUCAACCGUGUCCACGUCAAAAAUUUAAGGUUAUAGAAGCCCCUUUGCGAGGGAAACUAAGGUGUGUACUGUAUGACAUUUUGAGUAUUUUAGUAUUACGCGCGGGAAAAUGCAGCACUUUUGAGUCGAAAGUGGUGCAUUUUCCCUCGCGUUAUUUUUUAUAUGAAAUAGCUACUGAAAAUUUGCUAAUUUCACAGGGCUAUAUUUUUCGUAUUUUACAACAUUUCGCAACCAAACUUUGCAAUUUUACUAAUUUUAGGAUGCUCUUUUGAGCUAUAUAUAAUGAUAGAUUUCGUCUUUCCUAUAGAUAACAAUAUAUAUAAUGCUAUAUAUAAUGAUAGAUUUCGUCUUUCCUAUAGAUAACAAUAUAUAUAAUGCUAUAUAUAAUGAUAGAUUUCGUCUUUCCUAUAGAUAACAAUAUAUAUAAUGCUAUAUAUAAUGAUAGAUUUCGUCUUUCCUAUAGAUAACAAAUUAGUCGAUAGCUGGAAUUGUCUAUUUCUUAUAUCACAUGGAGAUGUCAUCAUUUUCAGGACGCAAGAAAUAACUUGUGUUUUAUUUCAUUUUCUACCAGAAGUACGUUCGACAGCUCUCAAAGAAGACCAACAAGUCUGUUGGAAAAUGAACGUCACUACAUAACCAGACAAGUGCUUCAAUUUCGAGUAAUCCCUCUAAUUGUGGUAGGUUGUUAAACACAUUUCAUCAGGCUGUAUAUGCCUCAUAUUCUAUUCAGGUUAUUCCCUCCAUUGGCGAUUCAAAUGUUCAAGCCUUGAAAAUAUAUUUCUCGUUCUGGCAACAAAAUCCACGACUAGAACUUUCUUGUGUCAGUCCAAUAUAAAACUUCUUGCGUAUGUAGAUUUGAGAGAACGUAUGACGCCGCACUUGUGAUAAACGUCAGUCUUGCCACAAGAGAAUCUCAACUUGCAAAGUGCUUUCGUAUACAAUAAGUAUAAAUUAUACGGCAUUCCAGUAUAUAUUAAAGAUGACAAAAUGUCCUGCAAGAUAUGAGAAAAUUUCCUGCAAAGAUAUUUUAUUAAAAAUGUCCUUUCAACACUGCAAGUGUUCAUUCCUUUGCAGUGGUUAGGUGUCUAAACUGCCUGAAAGAGAUUAUAAAAUGACUUCCACAUUUUUAGAAAAGAUCUUUCCGUAACGUUCUCUAGUGUUUGCAGAAAUUUUUUCGUUUUUGCUUUAGGUACUGUCAUUUGUUAUCAAUCUUUUAAGAGUAUUACUCUCCAAAGAUGAUUUUGGUUCUUGGCCAGAGAUGAUUUUCAUUUUACAAGUGAGAAUAUAAUUAACUAGGCUUUUAGUUUAGGUUUCCUCCUGUAGUAACACUGGAACUAUAAAUAUGACCUUUAGGGAGAACAGUUUAGAAAUGAUAGAGCAAACCAGAAUAAAUGAAGUUAGUUUGGUUUAGUUUAGGUUUCCUCCUGUAGUAACACUGGAUCCAUAAGAAAUGAUCCUUACUGGACCUCUAGGAAGAACAGUUUAGAACUGAUAGAGCUAUCCAGUAUAAAUAAAGUUGGUUUAGUUUAGGUUUCCUCCUGUAGUAACACUGGAUCAAUAAGAGAUGAUCCUUAAUACUGGACCUCUAGGAAGAACAGUUUAGAACUGAUAGAGCUAUCCAGUAUAAAUAAAGUUGGUUUAGUUUAGGUUUCCUCCUGUAGUAACACUGGUCAAUAAGAGAUGAUCCUUACUGGACCUCUAGGAAGAACAGUUUAGAACUGAUAGAGAUAUCCAGUAUAAAUAAAGUUAGUGCAGAAUUUUGAAUUAUAUCUAUGUUUGUCCAUAUUCAGGCACACGUUAUCAUUCCAUUGUUGCCGUUGAUGUUUCCAGUCAUGUGGAUUGUUAUCAAUUGUUUUGGUACAGCAAGAAUAAAAGUUCUCUUUAAAACCGAAAUCAGCCAGGUAUGCACAUAGGCACACACAGUACGUAAGUUAAUUUUAGUUUCCUCCUGUAGUAACACUGAAUCAAUAAGGAAUGACUCUUAGUAAACCUGUAGGAAGAACAGCCUAGAACUGAUAGAGUUAACCAGUAUAACUAAAGUUAAUUUAGUUUAGGUUUCCUCCUGUAAUAACACUGGAUCAAUAAAAGAUGAUCCUUACUGGAACUCUGGAGAGAACAGUUCAAAACUGAAUGAGCUACCCAGUAUAAAUAAAGUUAGUUUAGUUUAGGUUUCCUCCUGCUGUAACACUGGAUCAAUAAGAGUUGACACUUACUAGAUCUCUAGGAAAAACAGUUCAGAAGUGAUAGAACUGUCCUGUAUAAAUAAAGUUAGUUUAGUUUAGGUUUCCUCCUGUAGUAACACUGGAUCAAUAAGAGUUGAUUCUUACUGGAUCUCUAGGAAGAACAGUUCAGAAGUGAUAGAACUAUCCUGUAUAAAUAAAGUUAGUUUAGUUUAGGUUUCCUCCUGUAGUAACACUGGAUGAAUAAAGACCAUGACCCUUGCUGGACCCCAGUCGUUACUGGCCCUGGACUUCCUGGGGUUUUUCUUUCAGCUUUCCAAGAAGGUCUCGUUACCACUAAGUGACGUCAACUAUCAUUUCUGGGAAAUUUUCAAAGGGGAAUCAGACACGCUAACACGUACUGCCAAUCUUUUACACACUUUGGGAACGAUAAGUGUAAGUAUAAUCUAUGUCCAGUUCGCGCAGAGGACAGUAGGUUUAUAUCUCGCUCGUCCUGUAAUUCAAUAAUUUGUCAACAAGUUGUGAGUGACUACCUUGUAGCAACUUGAUAAAAUAACAACAUUGUUACAACUUUUUUCUGUGUUGGUGUUGUGUACUCAGGUGAAUAUGAUGUUUGUGAUGUUACUCUGAGUGGGAAUCGAACCUCAGUUGGCAGAGCAUUGGGCUAGUAUUCCAAAAGUCGUAGGUUCGAUUCCCACCGUGGCCAGGCAUAUUUUUCAAGCUUGUCCGGUGUGGAUAUACACGCAGAGUAACAUCACAAACAUUGUUACAACUUGUUGGCAAACUGGCUACAAGGUUGUUGAGCUCAACAGACUUGUUGAGAAGUUGUGAGAUUUUUACGUGUGUACGACAACAUCAAAGGCAGUGGAAAAGUUACAUGUGAGUUCGUAAUGUAAUAUUUCUGAAGACGUUUUAACCAAACUGAAACACAAUCUCUCCUAAUUUUCCAGGUCUUAUGCUGUGUCAAUAAAGACGGUAUCCUAGCCUCGCCAAAUCCUAACGCCGAGAAAGUAUUCUUCUUUCGUAAACGCAAAGAGAGACGGCACAAGAAACUGCAAACCAGAAGUUCUCAGCUCGGCAGUGACGAAGACAGAGCGAACUUUUUUACGGCGAAUAUUAUCGAUGAUGACGAUGAAUCGAGUACCAGUCCUAUUGCUCGACCUGAUAUCCAUUUUCGCGGAACGCAAGGCGAGGAGGACGCAGAGCAUUCUGGGAUACCUACACCACAAUUGAAUCAGAAAGGUAGAAGUGGGGGGGGGGGGAUUUAAGUUUCCACCAUAUGAUCAGCUUUUAUUGCUGGAAAUCUUUAAAUUUUUUUGCCUUACAUUUCAUGUAAUAUAUGUCUUAAUCAAUAUUGCCUGACGUGCUUUCAUGGUCGAAAAUAAUUGUCACAACUUUGUUACUCGGUUACUGAGCUGUCAAUUAAAGGUUUUCGGAAAUUAUUGGGAGGAUUCCUCACAGCUUGUCUAUAAAUUUGGAAAUAUUUUUUCAGAGAUCUUGUCUGGAUCGAUAGGAGUUUACUUCUCUGAAGUUUUGAAAUAAACAGACGUGCAGAAAUACACAAACUAAAACAGCAGGUUAAAUUUUAACCCAGGGUUAGCGCUAACCCACCUUUGAACAACCGGCCCCAAUACGAAUAAAGUUUAGUUUUGUUUUAUUUUUUAUACGUUAUCGGAGUUCUCCUCUGUUUCUAUAGAUUACACGUUUGUCUCUCAUUCAGAAGUCCUGAAUUUAUCUUGCAAUCCGGAGGUAGACAGAAUUAAUUCUUUUUAAUUUUCUUCAUGAAUUAUGAAUGAUUUACAUUCUUGAAUAACUUUCUUAGAGUGAAUUUGGUGUUGUGUUUGAUGACAUUCGUUGGCAGAGGCACUUGAGUUCGCUCAAACCUUUAGUAAGUAAACGACAGUGUAUAAUGUUUUACAGCUUUGACGACUGUGCACGGGUCAGCAAAUUUCAAGAACUCCCUUUUCAAACGCCAAAACUCCGUUUUCAAAUUCCAGAACUCCGUUUUCGGAAGCCAGAACUCCGUUUUCAAAUGCCAAAAGUCAGUUUUCAAAUGCCAAGACUCAGUUUUCAAAUGCCUGAACACCCUUUUCAAAUGCCAAAACUCCCUUUUCAAAUGGCAGAACUCCGUUUUCAAAUGCCAAAACUCCGUUCUCAAAUGUUCAUAGUUUUCAAAUAGUUUCAAACUCCGUUUUCAGAUUUUCAUAGUUCCAAAAUAUCCCUUCCAGCCUACCUAAGUUGGGGGAACAGGGACACUCACCCACAUGCCUACAACAUUCACAAAGUGUACAAUGUGAUAAAGGACAUUGCACUUCCCUACUGCUUUAGAAACCAGUAAUUCAUCUGUGUGACAAGUGACAGUAAUUUAACAAUAAUCACGCACCAACAAAUCGUAAGAUUUUCACAGUUCCAAAAUAUCCCUUCCAGCCUACCUAAGUUGGGAACAGGGACACUCACCCACAUGCCUACAACAUUCACAAAGUGUACAAUGUGAAAAGGGACACACAUGACCCCACGUUUGAGAACACUUACGCCUGUAUUCUAAAAGCUCACUCACACUCAAUGAGUGGAGGUUCAAGCUGAGUUUCCCUUGAGUGUCAGUGCUGUUUUUUAAUAGUUGGAGGGUGAGUAGUCACAUAGUAAGGUACAACACUAACUCCCCAGCUAUUCAAAAACAGCACUGACAAUCAAGCCAAGCUCAGAUUGAUCCUCCACUCUUUGAGUGUGAGUGUGCUUUUAGAAUACAGGCGUUAGUGCAUGUAAGCUCGUAUAAGUAGGUUAGGAUUUUGUACGAGUAAAUUUGUAUGGUGUAUUUGUUCACCUCAGGGUCUAAAUGUAUUGCUGAAUGCUCCAUGUUCAUCGCCAGUGAAUGCAGUCAAACUGACUGACCAUCUUGGACACAUGUCGCUGUUGCUCAAUGACGCACCAGUGCCGAUUGUAAGAAGGUCGGUUCACUAAGGGGUAUUUUAGAACAAGUUAGAUUUUGUAUAUUAAUAUACACUAUAGCAUACGUCACAUGACUAGACGUGUCACUAAUCAUGUCAAGAAAUAGAGUCUUGCACAUUUAUUCAAAGGUUAAAAAUUUGCUAAAGAAGUUUUUUUAUAAAAUUGCAUCUUCAUCUUUUAAUUUUUAGAGAUACUUAUAUCUGAGAAUUACAGUAUUUGUCAGAAAUAACCAAUGAUACUGCGUUUUCAUUCCACUUUACGUCACGUCGCUUGCCAAAUCUGAGAUCUGUCGUGAUGAUUUGUUUUGCUUUAAUUCAGGUGUUUAUGUUUGCUGGGAAGACAGAUUGGUUUCAUUGAUUCUGCACUGGAGGAUUUCAAAAGGAAACACAACAUCUUUGCUUUUAAAGCCAGUGUAAGUAUACAUGAGACGAUUCGUGCAUUUAGUUUGAAUCGAUACCACAGAAUAAAGACACACAGAAGGUCGACUCAGCCAAAAAAGCGUACCGCUGCCACGCCGUGAUUCGUCAUCAAAAUGCUGACGCCAUGGUCCUAGCCAGUGCGUUUAUGAGAGGCAUCCCACCCCCUGGGCGUCUGCCAUUUUGAAUAUUAUCAGGGGGUGAAUGCCUCUCAUAAGCGUACUGGCUAGGACCAUGCUGUCAGCAUUUUGAUGACGAAUUACGGUUACGCCAAAAUAAUAGGAAAAUCAAGAAGUCGGGCUUCUGUACAGUCUCUAUUCUGUGUCUAUACAAAGCACUGUAGAUACUAGAUGUUUUGUGUAAUAACACUGAAACAAUAAGGAUGUUCUGGAUGUGCUCACUGGGCAUCCAGAGAAAAGAUCUAAUACAGAACUAAUACAGUAUAUGUCUCUGUUUUUAGCAUCAAUUAAAUGAUCCAGCAAUCCAGUCUCAUUCGUUUCUGUCUAUUUGUAAAGAAACUCCAGUGCCUUUUCUAACAUCUUUAGUUGUCGAACACGUAACAUCAGGUAAAAUCUGUCCUGUCCUUUUCUGCUUUACGUUGAGAAUUGCCAAUUGAGGCAAAUUGGGGCUCUAUGAUGGGAAACAUUUCUAACUUCAGACAUAGUAGUGUCGUCCAUGAACAUUGAUACGCUAUCACUAUUAUCCUCAGUUGAUUCAACCGCUGACGGAGAUCAUUAAUGUGUACUAUAAAGGCUAAUGGACCAAAUGUGCUGCCCUGUGGCACACCACCAUUGAUAUUAACUAGAUCGGAAAGAGUCUUACCAAAUUUUGUAACUUGUGACCUACCUUGGAAAUAUCAUAUUUGGUCUACUCUCUUUGGCUGCGUAUUUACCAAUAUGACUUUUCUAUCCUAGGAGCUCACCAGUUAUUGUCGCAAGGUUCCGCAGACUUAUUGCUUGAUGUUUGCACCGAUUUCUGGGAUGGAUCUGAGGUUCAUCCUCUGACAUGUUUAGAAAGGUAAGGUCAGUCAUGCGAGAGACUGAAGACUGAUUCGUAAGUUUGGAUCGUCAUCCUAGUCUUACAACAAUUGUGUUGUGUUUGUGGAAAACAUUAGGUUUGUAUAUUUAGCACUAAAGCUUUCUAUCCCAAAAAGUCUGGAUCUACAUCUAUGUAUAAAUAAAAGUGAAGAUUGAAAUAUUAUGGAUUGAAAAAUAAAAAUCUCAGAAAUUGAAUCCACCCAACUUUCUCUUCAUCUUCCUUUAAUAGAAGAAAGAUUCGGGAUUUCUUUCAUCGAACGAGCAUCACAUCAAAUUGUAUCGCAUUGUCUUAUCGUCCAGUCACGCAGGUUUGUUAGAUUUACUAUAGACAGCUUUAUCAGUCCUUAUUCGCAACGAACUUAGGACCCGCGCGUUAAAAAGUGACUUGAAAUUGACAAUAACAGUUAUAUCGUUACAGAUAGGGCUAUUGGUCCAUGCGUUACUACAGGAGGAAACCAAAGUACAUGGAGAAAACUUGCGUUGUUUGGUAGAGGCAAACUGGAAGCAUCUUCUCACAUGUGACUGAGAUGAAAUUAUAAUCAAGACAACUGCAUACUGCAGGGAUCAAAUCUUGGUCACCAACGUGAGGUUUUAUUCCAUAAUUGUUGUAGACAUGGAAAGGUUCCAAUCAGGAUGUAUUUCUUGAAAUUCCUGAAGGAAUGGAAUGGAUAUACAAUGACAGUGAUAAUGGAAGGUAUAUGUUUAAUUUCCACGCACUGAGUGGACUCCUCAAAAUUUGUUUCUUCCACGUAAGAUGUUUGGGCAAACCCUUACAUUUCUAAAAUGUUCCGUCAACAGUAUGUCAAGUUCUCGAUCUGAAACAUCCGAAGAGGAGGCGACCAAGGUAUUUGAAAGUAAAGUGAGGUAGUCUAUGUAACGGAGGAUCUAAAAUUGAAUUGGACAUAUAUAUAAUUUUCCACAACUAGGUUGGGGAAACUUCAUUUGGUCUGAAUGACAAUCAGGUGGAUCUGGAUUUUUAUCAGAGGUAAAAGAUCAUUUCCUUAGUUUGGUUCUGAGACCUUUAAAUCAGACGGCUUACUAUGAGUCUUUCAUUGUGAGCCGUACCGGCCUACUAAAAGUGCAAUUGCAUGUUCUAUUUCAGAAUAAUUGGAGGUCAAAUCUUUAUUGGCAUGAUAACGUUGCAACAUAAAGCUAAACAGGUAACUUGCAUCCUUAUGGGACUGGUUGUACGAAGUCGCGCUGUCCUCUAGAUUUUUAGAAAGGUUGAAAAAAUCAUCCGGUGGAUAGUGUUAUCCUACUUUCGUAAAACUGGUCCCUGCCCUAUAACCUUACAAAUUUUUCGUUGUGCUUUUAAUGGGAUCAUCAUUAACCUGGUUAUGUGUUGUACUCUUUAAAGGAUAUCCCUCCUCUUGUUGAGGACCUCAACCACGCUGGAGUUCGCUUUGUUUAUUUUUCUGAAGAAAAUGAAAUCAAAAGUCAAGUAAGUUUUAUUAUAACUAGUCUAAUGAGAGGUAUCAAUUUAUACUUUCUUCCAUAAUAUAUUAGCAUUUAUGCCCAUUCUGGUCUCAAAUUGUGACAUGGAAAAGAUAGUACAUUAAUUGAAUAUCCAUAAACUAAUGUAUACGUAAAUAAUGUAACGUAAAAUGUAUACAUUGAUUUUCUUAAUUAAUUUGAGCAUUCCUUAAAUCAGCUGAUAGAGCUUUUCAGGUCAUGUGCAGUUAUUAUUAGACAAUUAUUAAAAUAUAAAAUAUCAGAUCGAAAUUGUUUUCUCUAAAACGUAGGUAUUUGCAGAAAGACUGGGUCUCGAGACAGGCUGGAAUUGUCACAUAUCGUUCAGCGAGAGAUCAGUUGGCCUCGACGAACACAGUACAUUGACCACAGUCUCGGAGGGCAAGAUGGAAGAGACCGCUGACGAAUACCUCGUGUCUCACGUGACCCCGGCUCACGAUGAUGACGUCAUGGGCCACGGUGAUGACGUCACAGAUCAUGAUGACGUCACGGGUCCUGAUGACGCCAUGGUCCACGAUGAUGACGUCACACGUUAUAAUGAUGACGUCACAGGUCACGUGUCUGAGGGGGAUGAUGAAGAGGGACGGUCAGGUGAACAUGAGGACGCUUUUGAAGAUGCACCUAAGAAUGAAGAUAUGGAAAUUGAAAAGAGAGUAAAAUGGCAGGAUUCUGAAGGUAAUUAUUUAUCAUGUUUUGAAUACGAGUGACGGCAGCUGUUUAGGAGUCGCCCAUUGAAUUAUCAACAUUUUCACAAAGUGUGUUACUAAUUUUCUAACUAACUUUCUUUCUAACUUUCUUCUCUUUCUAACUUUCUUUUCUAACUAACUUUCUUUUUUAUAUUUUUGCAGAUCGAUGUCGGAAAUCUAGUGAGGCGUCAUCAUCCUCAGCCACGACGAACAAUGAUGAUCAUGGCGGAGAAAUCUGGUUUCCAAUUGGCAACCGUGUAUGUGUUCAUGCAUUUGUUUUAAUACAGUCGGUCGGACAGUUGGUCAGAUGGAUGGUCAGUUAGUCUGUCUACUGGUUGCUCAGUCUCUCAGUGGGUUAGUUGGUGAGCCUGUUGGGUUAGUCGGCCGGUUGUUGGGUUACUCGGUCAGGUGUGGGUCAGUUGGUUGGUUGAUUGUUGGGUUAGUCGGCCGGUUGUUGGGUUAGGCGGCCAACUUGUUGGAUGGUUGGUUGGUCGGUCACCUUGCCCGAAGGUUGAUUACAGUUGGUGAGUUGGUCACCCUGUCUGGUGGUUACUCAAAUUGUCAGAGGGUACGUUGCUUAAUUAGCUAACAUGUCGGUCGGUUGUUUUAUGAGUUGGUUGGCUGCAGUCAAUUGUUUAUUAAUCUCGUGUACUUAAAUCUAUUAUCAUGCAGGCAAAGCUUCCUCGUGGUAUAAUAAACAUUCGACCUCACAUGGAGAAUGUGGAUAACGUCCCCCUGUUGGUUCCGCUCUUCACAGACUGCACUCCACAAGGUGAGGGUGAACCUGGGUCUGUACAAGAGCCAACCACCCCCCAGAGAAAAUUUGACUUACUAAAUUUAUGUUAUUAUAAAAUAUUAAGCCAAAUUGCGCUUAUAUAAUCUUGUGAAUUAGAAUGUAUGAUUCUGUAUGAGGCGGCCAUAAGCAUGCAUCUAACUGAUAUGAUUUUGAAUGCAUUAAAAUUUGGGUACUUAUUUCAACAUAUAGGUAUUACUGCCCCUUGCGAAAAAAUCCUACGUACGGCCCUGGGUGAACUACUUGUUCUGUUAGUAUAUUGUCUGACAGGUGUUCCCUAUCUAAAAAUUUACCAAUUAAAUAAAUAUUUUUCAUAAAGGAAACCAAUAAAAUGUAUUUUUUAUUUUAGCUGCACGGGAAAUGAUUUCAAUCAUGCAAGAAUACGGAGAAAUAGUUUGCUGCAUUGGAAGUUCACUAAAUGUCGAUAAUCUUGAGAUAUUUAAUCAAGCUGAUAUAAGGUAAGAUAUCUCAUUCUUUUCAUUUUCGCCAGUUCACUUGUAUUUGGCCAUUCCCAGUUAAUUCGCCAAUAGGUUUUAAACGCCCACAGGGAAAGUUGACAGGGUGGGUUAGAAUAAACACAGUUAAGAAAGUAAUAUCACAAUUGUUGUAAAGAUGAAAUAGUCUAAGGCUAAGUUUGAAAUUAGGUAAGCGUAUAAUACUUGAUGAUAUGCACAUGAAAAUUUGCGCAAUAGACCUUAUGCAUAAUGACGUCACAAGGCUUAAUGCCCGCGAGGAAUGCUGGACUUAGUAGCCCGGGAAAAUUUCGAUAGUGGCCAUUUUGAAUUGUUUAAUUUUCCCGGACGAUGACUACUAAGACCAGCAUUCCUCGCGGGCGUCAAGCCUUGUGACGUCAUUAUGCAUAAGGUCUAUUGAAAUGCUAAUCGUAAUUGUAGUUGUAAAUACGGAACUGUUAGCUUUGAGUCAAUUAUCGCCGUCUGAAUACGCCCUAGUUUAAUAGAGUUUGGAAAAGAGUUUUAUAAAUUUUAAUUUCUUCUAUUUUAGCGUUGCAUUACAGCCAAGUUUCCCACAAAUGUGUUUAAAAGACACUUCAAGACACAGAGAUUCCCACAUCUCGGUAACUGAGGACUCGAGUCAGACUAAUCUAUUGAAAACUGAAAACCAUUCCCCAUUACGUGAGUACGAAAACAACCGAAUAUACGUCUAUCGGUCUAUGCGUUAGCUCAGCAGCAGGACCACUCAGAGAAGGACCCGGGGCAAAUUUUGAAUAUCUAGGCCCCUAGUGAUUUUCUAUAGUCAAAGAUUCUUGAAGUUAUGUGCUCUUUUAGAGAUUGAUUUCCAUAUUCGUGAACUUUUAGGACAAUUAGCAAGAUUAUUUUCUUCGGUUGAAUGUUUAUAUAACAUCUUCAAUGCGUAUCCUGUACCAUAAUAGUUCUGGGGGGUCUAGGGGCAUUCUCCCCCGGAAAAAUUUUGAAAUCUAGAGUCCCUGAAUUGCUAGCAAUUCCUGCAUUCUGGGAGAAUAUUUUUAUAUUUUAUUUAGGUGAAGAAGAACUGAAUCCCUUGACAGUCAGUUCAACUUUAAAUGGCAUUUCCUGUUCGCUGUCGUUUCAUCGCGACUAUAACAUUAAAUUUGUGGCAUUACUGAAAGAGGUAUUUGUAUGAGACUUUCUUCGAAGGAUGCCGGUAAUGUUAAAAAAGGCAAUACAAAUCUGUUGUCGUUUGGUUAUUGCCACAAAAAUGCCUUAUUUAACGUCACUUGCGGAAGCUUAAACAGCCGAUAAAACCAUGGAGAUUUUCUCUAAGAAAAUAUAUUGCAUUUCGUCUUGCAUAUUAUACACACAUAAAAAUCUCGCAACUUGUCAACAAGAUGUGUUCGCAACAGGUUUGUAGCAAGCUUGUCAACAAGAUGUGUUCGCAACAGGCUUGUAGUAGCAAGCUUGUCAACAAGUUGUAACAAUGCUGUUAUUUUAUCAAGUUGCUACAAAGUUGUCACUCACAACUUGUUGACAAAUUGAUGAAUUGCAAGACGAUAAUAAGUUGUUGGAACAACUUGUAACAAGUCUGUUGAGCUCAACGACCUUGUAACAACUUGUCAACAAGCUGGAACAAGCAGUGCGAACACAUGCUGUUGACAAGUUGUUGGAACUGCAUUGCUACAAGUCUGCUGCAAGUUUGUUACAACUUGUGCGUUUUUACGUGUGUUUGUUUCAGCGCGCAAACUCAAUUUGACUUUUACUUCUAUUUAGGCUCGUCGAUUGUGUUUUGGUCUACAGAUAUGCUUCACGUUCAUGUUAUCAUGUCAACUAACACUCUGCUUUGUCAUGUUAACUUCAUCACUGUUCUUAUUACCGCCUCCCCUGACUGGCUUACAUCUACUGUGGUUCACCUGUGUCCUAGUGCCAGGCCUCAGUAUCUCGCUCGUGAACGCGGACAAUGACUCGCAACUCAUGACAACCAUGACGGCGAAAAACGACAAGAAUUUUAAAGUAAGGAAAUUGCUCCAAGAAAGUCAGUUCUAUCUUGCGUUAAAAAAUAAACUGGACUUAACAAAACUAAACUAACUUUAUUUAUACUGGAUAGCUCUAUCAGUUCUAAACUGUUCUUCCUAGAGGUCCAGUAAGGAUCAUCUCUUAUUGAUCCAGUGUUGUUACUACAGGAGGAAACCUAAUCCAAACUAACUUUAUUCAUACUGUAUAGCUCUAUCAAUCCUAAACUGUUCUCCCUAAGGAUCAUCUCCUAUAACCAGUGUUUUAUCAAUAAGAGAGUAUCCUUACUAGACUAAUAAGAGAUUACUCUUACUGUACUUCUAGGAAGAACUGAUAGAGCUAUCCAGUACAAAUAAAGUCAGUUUAGUUUAGGUUUCUUCCUGCAGUAACGCUGGAUCAACAAGAGAUGGCUCUUACUGGACCUCUAGGAAGAACAGUUUAGAACUGAUAGAGCUAUCCAGUAUAUAAAUAAAGUUAGUUUAGUUUAGGUUUCCUCCUGUAAUAACACUGGAUCAACAAGAGAUGGCUCUUUCUGGACCUCUAGGAAUAACAGUUUAGAACUGAUGGAGCUGCCCAGUAUAAAUAAAAUUAGUUGAGUAAACUCUCUGAAAUGAGUUUGAUUAGUUUUCAAUUUCAUUCCUUUGCAGGGCUACAAUUCAUCGUUUAUUCGUUUUCACGGCCUCGUUUUCAUGCCAAGUGUAUUGAUAUGUAAUCUGGUGGUAUUUCCCCUCACCCUCAUGUCGUUCUGUGAGAAAUUCACCAGCACUCCUGGCGAAGAAUGUCAUUAUUUUCUUGGAAACAGGUGAAAUAUUUAACAAUUUCCCAAUGAAGUUGAGCAUGAUAUGUUGUUACUAUAUAUGGAAAUUGACUCCUAAAUAUGAUAUCUGUUUUUUUCUCAGGAAUAAUUCAGAAUAUUGGAAUGGAUUUGGUGACAGCCAUGUUUCAGGUCUUGCAUUGGCCCAGGAUGUUGUUGCUUUCUUUAUUAUGUUAUGUUUUGGUAGGCUGCUUUGUUUUCCUACUUAUUUAUACAUUUGUUUGUUUGUUAAUUGUUUAUUUGUUUGUUGGUUUGUUUGGCAGCUCGCUAAGGCUUCCUGUUUGUGAUUUUGUUUGCUCCUUCAAUCCUUCCUCAGGAAAGUGUGUCUAUUAUAACCAUAGUUUUUUUUUUAAUUUUCUAGUGUUUAUGUCGGCAAGUUAUGUCCAUCAUUUGCAUCAACUAUGGAAGAGAUUACCAUUUUUCAACAAACAAUGGAUUGCAACUGUUAUUAUUGUGUAAGGCGUUUAUUUUAGUUGUUUGAAAGUGCUGGAGCAAUUUUAUUUUGGGGAGGGGGUCAGGGGGACAAUUGUAUGUCAUAAUUCUAGGGUUGUCCGGGACAUGCUCCCCCGAAAAAAAUUGAAUUUUGGGUCUCUGAAAUGGCAUUUCUUGCAUUGUGGAGACACUUGGAGAAGAAUGUAUAGGUCUUAAUAAAUCACCGUUUAACAAUGUUAAAUACUAAUUUCAGAAUACUUGACAAUUUAAUUCUGUGGGAGGCGUGGUCACAUACAGCUUUAUAGAUGCGCUCAAGAUACGGAACACUGUCGGAUGAAAAUGUUCCAAUUUUUCCUCUUUGGAUGAAUCUGAAACUACACUCUGAAAAUAUUGGGGGGGUGGGGGGUGGCCACCCCCCAUUGAGCAAAGACUUUCAUCGAAAUUUCAACCAGCUCAGAGUUAUCGGACCCGUAUGGUAGUCGAUCAAAGUUGGCGGUCAAACUCGCUACUAAAUUUGCUACUCUCAUCAACUCUGCGUGGUUUCAAGACCGUGAUACAAUGUUGAAUUCCAUUCUGCUUUUAUAUCAUUCUUCCGCAGGUUCAUCCUCCAAGUGCUGUACAUGACAAUAUCUCAGUUAUUGUGGAGAACGAAUAUCAACACUGAUUAUGACAUCAGCCAUGUUCCUAACGUUGUCUUCUGCCUGGUGUUCCUCUGGCCUGUCGUGCAGCUGGGGCUUUGUGAACUUUCAAAACGCAAAUAUAUCAAGUAAGUUUUUCUAUCAGUUCUAAACUGUUCUUCCUAGAGAUCCAGUAAGGACCAUCUCUUCUCAUUGAUCCAGUGUUACUACAGAAGAAAACCUAAACUAAACUAACUUUAUUUAUACUGGAUAGCUCUAUCAGUUCUAAACUGUUCUUCCUAGAGGUCCAGUAAGGAUAAUCUCUCAUUGAUCCAGUGUUACUACAGGAGGAAACCCAAACUAAACUAACUUUAUUUAUACUGGAUAGCUCUAUCAGUUCUAAACUGUUCUUCCUAGAGAUCCAGUAAGGAUCAUCUCUUAUUGAUCCAGUGUUACUACAGAAGGAAACCUAAACUAAACUUAACUUUAUCUAAACUGUUCUUCCUAGAGAUCCAGUAAGGAUAAUCUCUCAUUAAUCCAGUGUUACUACAGAAGAAAACCUAAACUAAACUAACUUUAUUUAUACUAGAUAGCUCUAUCAGUUCUAAACUGUUCUUCCUAGAGGUCCAGUAAGGAUCAUCUCUUAUUGAUCCAGUGUUACUACAGGAGGAAACCUAAACUAAACUAACUUUAUUUAUACUGGAUAGCUCUAUCAGUUCUAAACUGUUCUUGCUAGAGGUCCAGUAAGGAUCAUCUCUUAUUGAUCCAGUGUUACUACAGGAGGAAACCUAAACUAAACUAACUUUAUUUAUACUGGCUAGCUUUAUCGGUUCUAAACUGUUCUUCCUAGAGGUCCAGUAAGGAUCAUCUCUUAUUGAUCCAGUGUUACUACAGGAGGAAACCUAAACUAAACUAACUUUAUUUAUACUGGAUAGCUCUAUCAGUUCUAACCUGUUCAUACUGUACCUACACCCCCUUUCUACUUUAUUAUCUAUAAAUUUAUUAGUUUAAUAUUUUUCUUAUCUAGAUUUUACAUCCGCUACCAAAAAAGAGCGAAAUUAAAAUUUGGAACCAAACUGGGAAUGAAUUCCCCAUUUUAAAUGAACACAAAUUUAAUUAAUGUACAAAUUAAAAUUAUUAAAAGCCAAGUUUUUUCUAAAUAAAAAACAUUUUACGACCGUGUUAUCAAUUGUUUUGUCAUGUAGGAUUUAGCCCCUUGUUUUGCAACUUUC